CUCCAGCGUGGGGCUCGUAAUCCGGCGCACGCCGGCACGCACGCCCCUCCGGCUGGGGCUCCGCGGAGGGUGCCGGCCGCCGCAGCAGAUGGGAGCGCUCGCCCUAAUCGUCCUGCGGCUCUUGUAGGAGAGCGAAGAUUAGAGCUGCUGGAUUUACGCUGGUUUUAUUGCUCCGAGCCCUGAGCCCCGCUCCCCUCCCACCCGGGCUGCUCCCGCCCGCCGUGCGCGUCCCUCCCGGCAAGGGCUGCAGCCUGCAGGGAGCCGGCGCGAGGGGGAUGGAUGUGCGCGAGGGGGAUGGAUGUGCGCGAGGGGGAUGGAUGUGCGCGAGGCGUGCGCGGGGAGGAGGGGGAGCCGCUCGGCGGGAGCGCAGCGCUUGGGCUUCCCCGCGCUGAAGUUGAGGAGCGUCUGCGAUAAAGAGCCGGGCUCGCCGCUGCUGCCGGGAUAGUGGCUGGAUGUGGUGGUAUUUUCCGCGAGCUCUGCAGCCCCUCUGGCACAGCGGCUGCACGCGGCAGGACUGCCCCGUGCUCGCCUGGCACGCCGUGGAGAUCUCUGCGUGACCCUGGGCCCGUUCCUUCCCCUCCCAGCCUUGCUUUCUGCAGCGGCAGUUGUGGUACCUGCUGGAAGGUGGCCUGAGACCGGCUCAGGAAAGCACGCAGCCGUUCUGAGGGAGAAGGAAAAAUGAUCCUGGCUUUCCAGCGGGAGCGUGUGUCUCUCUCCCCUAACGGGCUGCUCUCUGGAUCCCUCGCAGAUCUGCUGUGAAGCAGCGUGCGGCACAGCCGGGGAGCCGUGGCUGCAGGGCUGAGGGGAUCGGUCUCUGCGUGAGCUGCUACGGCAGAGCUGGAGCUGCAGGAUUAAUGGCGAUGCAAUGAAAGCUUAGCCAGCCCGCUCCCUGCGGACAGGGCGCCGAUGCUGCCCUGCCCCACGAGCUGCGAUGGAGUUAGCUAACACCAAAGACUUCCAGUGGAAAACCCUCGCUCCCCUCCCAAGCCGCAGGGUCUACUCGACCCUGGUGGAAGCCGGCGGGCAGGUGUUCGCCAUCGGGGGCUGCGAUGACAACGGCAUCCCCAUGGACUGCUUCGAGGUCUACUCGCCCGAGGCCAACCAGUGGAACUCGCUCCCUGCCAUGCCCACGGCCCGGGCCGGGGUGGCCGUGGCCACCUUGGGCAAGCGGAUCAUGGUGAUAGGAGGGGUCGGGGCGAAUCAGAUGCCGCUGAAGAUAGUGGAGAUGUACAACAUAGACGAGGGCAAGUGGAAGAAGAGGAACUCGCUGAGAGAAGCAGCCAUGGGCAUCUCAGUGACAGCCAAAGACUACAGAGUCUAUGCGGCUGGUGGGAUGGGAGCCGACCUGCGGCCGCACAAUUACCUGCAGCAUUACGACAUGCUCAAGGACAUCUGGGUGUCGCUGGCGGCCAUGCCCACACCCAGGUAUGCUGCCACGUCCUUCCUGCGAGGCGCCAAGAUCUAUGUGCUGGGCGGAAGGCAGUCCAAGUACGCUAUCAACGCCUUCGAGGUCUUCGACACAGAGACCAGAUCAUGGACCAAGUUUCCCAACAUCCCCAACAAAAGGGCCUUCUCCAGCUUUGUGCCCACCGAAGACAAACUCUUCAGUCUCGGGGGCCUGCGGCAGGGCCGGCUCUACCGGCAGCCCAAGUUCAUGAGGACUGUGGAUGUGUUUGACGUCGAGCAAGGUGGCUGGAUGAAGACGGAGCGCUCCUCCUACUUGAAGAAAAGGCGAGCAGACUUUGUGGCUGGCUACCUGAAAGGGAGAGUCAUUGUGGCUGGGGGACUAGGGAACCAGCCAACUGUCCUGGAGUCCGUGGAGGCCUUCCACCCCGAGAAGAACAAGUGGGAGAGCCUGCCCGCCAUGCCCACCCCGCGCUGCGCCUGCUCCAGCAUCGUGGUCAGGAACUGCCUGCUGGCUGUCGGGGGGGUGAACCAGGGCCUCAGCAGUGCCGUGGAGGCCCUGUGCGUCUCCGACUCGUAGCUGGCUCCUGCGCAGGACCCCGCUGCCCCGCUGCGUCACGCCGCGGUGGUGGCGGUGCUGCCGGGCUGGCUCCCGGCAGUGCAGGGGCUGUGCGAGCACCACCCGAGCUGCCCGCGAGCCUGGCAGCUCUGCUCUGCCUCCCGGCAGCUCAAAGGCAGCCUUGCUCCGGAGCUGGGGCCAGCGGGAGCCUGUAGCCAGGGCUGCUGUUCCUCUCCCUCCGCCUGGAUGCUGCAAGUCCAGCCCUACGGAGGGACGAUGGAAGGGGACAGCCCGUGUGGAGCACUUAAGCCAGGGUCUCCUCCGAUAGCCUUCAGAGCUCUACGGGGCAACCCAGAUGAAGGAACUGCUCGUUGAGCUGGUGCGUCAUGUCUCACGUCAACAGGAAGGACCCUGGCGCUCAGGGCAUGGGCAAGCAUCUCCAUCUGUCCUGACCCACCAUCAAAGGACAAGGGUUCAGAGGUGCCAGGAGUAUCCAGACAGGUCAGUGGUGGCUCAGGAGAGCUGAGGUGAGGUUGCCCUGUCCGAGCACCCUGUGACCUAUGCGUACGUCCCUGCACGGACCCUCUUGGCUUGCAACAAGGGAAACUCCGAAUCUGCAGGCACGUUUGGGGGGGGGGGGGGGUCAUUCUUUUGCCUUCAUAGCAAGGCUUUUUCCUGCAGACCUGUAGCAUUUGACUGUUGCUUUGCCAGAAGCUGGAGCAAGGGGCUGCCAACAUGACUGGGGGGGGGGGGAAGGGGAUGAAUGCCGUGGACUGUUUCAGUCAGAGGGAAGACCUUGCUCUUGGUACAGGACUAGCUCAGAAGUUACCUUUGAGUUUCAUGCAUGGAUGGCCUCAACCUGUGAUGCUCCAACCCAGUUCUUAGCCCCUUCAGUGGUUUGGGAUUCUCUGUUCAGUCUUGGGAGAAAGGAGCAAAUAUGAGCCCUGCCUCUCAUCCCCCGAGUCUGGGCGGUGGCUUUGGGCAAAGCUUUGCUUUGGCAGCGGAGGCAGAAGACCCUGGCCAUGGCUGCCUCUUUAUUUGUGUAGCCGUUGCACCAUUAACAGCCGCCUUCGGAAGAGCUCUCGGACAAGCCCUGUCCGAGGUAAGGGCUGCCGCAGGGCCGUCUCUGCUGUGGCUGUAUGGAAAGGGGGGACCUGGGCUAAGAAGAGGGAGGGAGUCAAUGUAGGCAGCUGCGGCUGGGGUCAGCGCCGUAUCCCGGGGUCAGCGCCGUAUCCCGGGGUCAGCGAGCCCGGACCCUGCUGCACCACUCUCUUCUUUCCAGCUUGUCACGUGCCUCUUUUCUCUCAAGCCAGGGACUGCUUUAAGAGUGGGAUUUUUCCAAAGAAAUUUCCUUUGCCCUGGGCAGAGGGGUGGCUGGAGGGAAGAGGCUGCCUGGGGCUUAGCAAGCGCUGAUAAAACCAGCUCGGUGGCUUCCCGGGGCUCGCCGGGCCCGUCGCGCCGCCGCAGAGCGCGGAGGACACCGUGCGGCCGCCGCGGCAAUGGCAGAGGCUCCCCGGGGAAGCGGCCCCGGUGCCGGGACUUGCUUUGCGCCGCUUCCCGGGCGCGGGCUCCGGUGAUGCUCGGCCCCAGAUCAGCUCGGGAGGGACGCGUUAGGCCAGGCAGGGCGGCCGAGGCGAGCCGGGGGCGAGCCCACGCUGGAGGACACGGGCAGGACUUGUCUCCUGCAUCCCGCGGGAUCCUCGCUGCUCCAGCGGGACCCUGGCCCCCAGCUGUCCUCCCCCGGGCCAGCUGCCGUCCCUCUCGUGGGUGGCCGGAGCUGGUCCUCUCUGCUGGUAUUUGCUGGGAAGCAACGAAGCGAGGGGCUCCGUUUGAAGUGCAGCCCUGUCAGCUGCAAGUCCCGUCUCCUCGGAUCUCCAAGCGCUGUGUAGAGCAGAUGAAAGGGGAAAGACACCGACUCCAGAGCUAACAACCUGCUCACUAAUUAUUUACAUCCCACCUGCUUGUGUCUGGCUAUGCACAAUAGACGUGACGGUGUCUGUCCCCAUCCCCUUUCAUGUUCCCGUCUGGGGUGCUGAUGCUUGAGCUGUUCAGGCACCAUGUUUCGAAGGUUGUAUAAAUGCAAAAAUUGAACUGCAGCAGGGGAGCUUUACGCCCGAAGCAGAGGCGCAGCUCUGUCUGGGGUGGAAGAGCAUAGAGGCCAGCUCAAAUGAUCUUCUGACAAGCAGUUUGUCUUCCCGAUCUGUGCCUCAGCUUCCUUUUUUUGGGCGAGAAUGGUGCCGCCUGCCCCCCCGGGUGCGGAGGCCUGCUGGAGGGGUGAGCGGGGCGCUGGGGCCAGGCACUCCUGGCCAGUGCCACCUCUGCUAGCGCAGGCGAUUAAAGGUCUGCUGGCCCUUUCGGAGCUGGAGGUAGAGGCUAGGAGCACCUCUCCCCAUGCAUGCAGCCCUGAGGGUGACGGUCCUGCCUCCUGACCCAGGAAUGCUACUAAAACAUCCCUUUGAACGGUAAAAAUUGGAGGAGGCGGCAGCUCGGAGGGAGAGAGGGAGCCUUCUCUUUUUCUAGAACAAACCCCAUGUCUCCCGGCACAGCAGAUCUCCAUUUCAGCCGCCUCUGCACAGCUGCGAGUCUCUAGCUAUUAAUGAAGUGUUUUCCUUUGUCCUCAAGGAACCUUUCCCCCGCGCAGCACAGCCUGACGCUCCUCGGCUCCCGCUUUCCCGUCAGCCCUGAGCCGUGCUUGUUGCAGCGAGGCGGGCUGGGCAGGCUGGGCGCGGGUCUCAUCCUGCCGCUCGGCCGACUCUGCGGCUGUGCUGGCGGAAGGGGAGGAGGCGUCUGGUCCCUUCGCCGUGCUCUGGCACAGCUGGGGUCGGGUCCUUUCUUUUCUGCACGCAGAAAGGCUGCAGAGAGCGGCAGACAAAGCAGUGUCGUGGGAAUAAACCAGGCUCUAGGACUUAAUGAAGAGACGUCAGGGCCUGGGGAUGAGGAUGGGGGGAGGCAGCCGUCACAACCGGAGAUGUGCAGAGCAUUUAGAGCAGGAGUGGAGGAGGAGCUUUGAGCAUCAGCCUAGCGAGACCUGGGUCUAGGUCAGCUGCCUUUGUCGGUGAAAUCCCAGCUCUCAUCGCCAAAUGGAGGAUGAGGUGCACAUCCACAGGGCCGCUGUCUCUGCAGCCGGGGCAGGUCGCUUUGCAGUGUGCUGUCGUCCCAGAGCCACUUUUUUUUUUUUUAUUUUAUUUUAUUUUUUUUACAAGAGCUCAACAUUUCAACCUGUUUUGGACUUCUCUAGGCUUAGUUACCACCCUGACCAGAUUUCCUAGGAGUUUCCUGCCUUGCCUGCUGGACUCUCCCCAAAACCUGCUGGGAAAGGGAGCUGCUGCACUUCAUACACUUCCAGCACACGCUGCUGUACCAUAUUUUCAGAUAACGCCCACUCGGAGACCUUUCUAGCUGAUGAAUUGGAGUGUUUUCCCUAGUACUAAUGUCAUGCUUUUUACCAGCAGAUUACAAAUGGCUUUGCAAAUACAGAGAGGUAACCGGGCAGCAGGGAGGUGAGAAAAGACACAUCCACAGUCAGUGGCAAAGCUGGGAUUAGAAGUUAGGUCUGAUCUAUCCCUGUGCUGGGCUCUGCUCACUAGAGCACAUUGCCUGCGGCAGAGCCGCUCUGGUACGUGGAAAUCCGCUGUCUGAAAUUCAGCCUGUUCUGUGACGCGGUGAAGGGGCCUCCUGGACUCGGCCUGUGCUUGACCCCUGCCGAAGGAACCUGGCUGUGUUUUCAAGUUAAUCUUCUUUAAUUAUUUCAAGAAAAGGUUUAAAACUUCUCUUGGGUGUUCUUUUGAGCUGUUCUGCUGGCGUGGCAGAGCAGCCCAAGGUAAGACUGGAGGAGCUCCGUUAAUUAAUCACAGAAUAAGAGAUUUAAUGAGACUGCUGCAGAGGCCAGGGAAAGCUAACACAAUUCAGAACACGGUGAGAGCGUAUUGCAGGCUGAUGCCCUUUAGGGGCUUGCCAAACCCGGGUGUCCACCUGCACUGUGUGAACGCCCCCAAGGCUGUCCAGCACUGCUGAACUCAAACACUCCUAAAACUGGCUUAAAACAACCAACUCCACGCAACCAACUCUCUCCUUCGAGUGCUCUCUGGACGGCAGAUGGCAUCAAUGGGCUGAGUCCGGGCAGGAGCAGCAUCUCCGAGAAGGCAUCGCCGCUGCAGCUGGGGGCCCCUGUCCUGCCCGGGUGACGCUGGACCGUGCUGCCGUGGCGGGAGGCCAGCUCUGAUGUGUCGUUCUGGGUUGUGCAGGGAUCCUGGCUAAUGGCAUGAGGAGAUCCAGCAAAUAGCCUGAUGGGAAAGGAUGUUAUGCAUUUCCUCCAGUGCCUUGUUUCCAUGAACAGGCGUUGUCUUUGGUCCAAAUGCCUCGUCACAGCCAUGAAACAGAGCUGAAUCCUGCUCUCGGCUCCCCUGAGUAGCUCAUUUCUAGCACUGCUGCAGAGAGUCUGUCAAGGAAACGUCUGUGUGGCUGAACCCUGCUCUUGCUAACAGCGCGGCAGCUCCCUGGAAGUCGGCAGUGCUGAGGAUGUAACUGAGCUCUGCAGGGAAUCGCUAGGGAUUCGAGAGCUGUGGUUUCUUUCUCCAGAUGUUUGCUGCAUAUGUUUUUCAGCAGCUGGUGCUGAGAGUGCUUCCAUCUUUGAAACUGAUACUUGAUGGAUUCUCUUGUGCCUGGAGGGCCAGGGUGAAGCAUCAGCCAGGAGGUCGAGCCCUGCGAUCAAACCAGCUCCUUGCAACGGGGCCUUUGAUCCUAAUCGCCAGCUGUGGAGGGGCUGGUUACCGCGGCUGUGUGGGGCGGAAGGCUGCUUCUCGGAGCGAGACGCGAUAAACUGCUCCGUUUUCCGAAAGAGUUUGACUGUUCUGGCAAGAGCAGCACGGGCAGCCUAGGACACGGUGCAAAGAUAACCCCGUGCUGUGAGGGGGGUGUGGGCAUGCACUUAUGCAGGAGGAAAAGUAAUGGGUGUUUGUGUAGAUGGAGGUACAACCGCGUGUGCGGAUACCCUGCGCUGUCAUGUAGACGUGUACGUGUGGGGAUAUGUGGGACCAGGCUCGCGUAUGCUAACGUGGGCGGGGGGUGGACGUCCCCAGUAGAAAAGGUGUAGCUGUGCUGAGUGUUUCUGGUGGACGUGAGACCCCAGGAUGCGAAGCUCCCCUGGGCCCCUCAGUGCUGGGGAGGGCUCUGUGCCACGGAGCUGCACCCAGGCUGCCACCACCUUGCUUCCCGAAACGCUGGGGGUUUGUUCUUUACCCUUUGCUCUGAAACGUGGUUAGAGAUGCGGGUAGAUCGUGGCUGUGGCUGCAUGACAGUGUUCAGUUGUCCUAGGAGUUGUUUCGCGCUCUGGGUUUGUUCCUGCAGCUUUUGUCGCGGGCCCGUGAGCGGACGGGAGCACCUUGCAUCCUGGGCUGCCAGCGCGGCUCUCCUUGACGGGGUCCAGGCGCAACUCUGGGGGUUUGUGCUGUAUAGCGGCACGACUCUCAUCUCGUGCCCUUCCACGCGUUGUCGCGGCAGUGCAUGGUUGCCCCAGGGACGGGAAUGAUGCUGGAGAUGUUGAUCGUGUAGAGCCUGCCUGUGGCAGGGACCUGCUGGCUCUGCAAAGCCAGGCUACCGAGGGCAGAGGCAUGGGACAUCCUUCCAAGCACACCAAAACUGCCAUCACACAGAACAGGUCCGUGGGGACAGAGCAGCUUGCAGACUCGCCCGGCGUGUGCUGCACCCACGUCUGGAUUUGUCCCGGGCUACGGAAGCGCUGCGCAUACCUGUCAUCCGGCGUUGCCUCCUCCGCCGGGCGCUGCCCUCCGAGUUGCAGGUAUGACAGCGCUGCUCAAAGGGACCUCGGGCAGGUACUUGCUGGAAUUCACACAUUUCCCCAGCUCGGUGAGUCACAGCCGUGCACCUGGUUGUAAAGCACCUUUUUUGGGUUGCGUUGUUCCUCCCUGCUUCAUUCCAGAGGAGCUGCUGGGGCUGAGGUCAUUCCUGCUUGCAAAGAUGAUCGUUUCUGGCCUCAGUAGGCUGGUGCAGCCCUGGUAUUUUGGGCAGUUUCCUAACGCCAAUUGAAGAUAAGAUUUAGUGACUGUGGUUCAGGGUCAGGGAAUUUGAACUGUCCACCCAGUCUCACAUCACGGGGAUUAUUGGCGUCUGUCUUCUAUGGAAAUCCAGUUUAGAUGCCAGUUCAGCAGUGCAACUAAGAGACAUGCUUAGACUUCAGCAUAGGAGAAAGCCGGUUGAUGUCAAAGUGUGUUUGCUGAACCUGGGCCUUAAACUGCUGUAACCAUUUUAGAUGGAUCUUUUAAAAAUAAAGCAAACAAACAUAA